GACGCCAUCAUGCACACAAGUACUGCAGCCUGCCCUACCAAGUCUCAAGAACUCAGCUCGCCCUGCUGGGCAGCUUCAUCAUCGACGGCCUGCCCCGCACCCCCCUUCAAGUAGCAUCUAACUCGUGGAUUGGGUUCAUAGACUUCGACCGUAGUCUCCGCCCACCCGUCUACCACACAUCCCCGCAGCACGGUUCAUGUUGCGCAAGUCGGCUACCUCGCUUAGAGUAACUGCUCGGUCAUUCGAGUCAUCUCAACACCGAACACUGACUGCCAUGUCCAAACCUCGCAACAUCUCAUCCUCUGCCCCUCGGCGGAACACGGUGCCUCCUGGGUACAAGGAGGACCCCGGCGCAGGGCCAAUGCUCCGCUUCGAGGCAUCCCUCCCCCAUCUCCCCGUCCCACCACUCGCCUCUACCGCCGCCAAGUACCUUGAGUCCGUCCAGCCACAUCUCACGGCAGAGCAGCUCUCAAAGACCCAGGCAGCCGUGAAGGCGUUCAUGGACUCGGCGCAGAGCAAGGAACUGCAGGCGCGCCUCGAGGCGAGGGCCCGCGAGCCGGGCAUGCGGAGCUGGCUGGCGGACUGGUGGAACGAGGCGGCGUACAUGGGCUACCGCGACCCGGUGGUGGUGUACGUGAGCUAUUUCUACGUGCACGUGGAGGACAAGCAUAGGCCGAGCCAGGCGAAGAGGGCGGCGCACUUGUUGAAGGCGAUGCUCCCCUUCCGAUACAUCGUUGAAAGCAAGCAACUGGAACCGGAGAAAGUGAGGGGAGCGCCCCUGGCUAUGGAGUCCUACAAGUAUCUCUUCCACUCAAGUCGGUACCCUGUCAAGCCGUCCGACAAAGCAGAGAAGUUCGACCCUACGGCCCAUAAUCACGUUGUCUUCGUGCGGAAGAACAAAUUUUACAAGGUGCCGCUAGCGGACAAGAGCGGCCGCGAACUCACAGCCGCAGAGCUUGAGGCGCAGAUCGAGAAGGUUGUUGCUUUGGCCGGCAGCGAGAAGGCAGCACCGGUCGGCGCUCUCACAAGCGAGAAUAGGGAUACCUGGGCUGAUGCACGUGCAGCAUUGCUUGCCGCGUCGCCAUCGAAUGCUGCUUCGCUGGAGGAGAUCGAGUCUGCGAUGGUCGUUGUAUGCUUAGAUGACUUUGCGCCGAUUACCCGUGAGGACGCCAGCUGGGCCUGUUGGGUUGGCGACGGUAGGAAUCGGUUCUACGACAAGCACCAGUUGAUUGUCUUCGAGAACGGAAAAUCUGGUUUCCUAGGAGAGCACUCGUGUAUGGAUGGCACGCCAACACUUCGCAUGAAUGAGUUUAUGCUUGCCUCGCUUGCUGCUGGCAAGAUCGACCUUGGACCUGCACGCACGGCCGAGACGGCGAAGGACCUCGAGGCACCGAAGGAACUCGCGUUUGUUCUCGAUAGCAACACGAAUCGGUAUGUCAAGGAGGCUGAGAAGAACUUCGACGACCUCGUGGGCAAGCACGAUAUGCAUGUGUUGCAUUAUGAGGGCUACGGCAAGGAAUAUAUCAAGAGGUUCAAGGCUUCGCCGGACGCGUGGGCCCAGCUUGUCAAGCAACUCGCCUUCCACAAGAUGUACAACAGGCCAGGCGUGUGCUACGAGAGUGCGCAGACGCGCAAGUACCAGCGCGGGCGCACGGAGGUUAUUCGGGCCGCGAGCAACGAGAGCAAGGCGUGGGCGGAAGCCAUGCUGAACCCUUCCGAGUCGGACGAGAAGCGGGCGGCUCUGUUCCGCAAGGCGGUGGCAAGGCACCUGCAGUAUGCAGCGUGGGCGGCGGACGGCCAGGGCGUGGACCGGCAUCUGUUCGGGUUGAAAAUGAUGUUGAAGGAGGGUGAGCCGACGCCGCCGAUCUAUACCGACGAGGCGUUUUCCAAGACGAACCACUGGGAGCUGUCAACGUCGAAUCUCUCCUCGCCCUUCUUGGACGGCUGGGGCUAUGGCGAAGUCGUACCCGAUGGAUAUGGUCUAUCGUACUCCAUUGGUGACGAGUAUAUCCGCUGGACGAUAACGAGUCUGCAGAGGAGGACGGCGGACCUGAAGCACUACAUUGCGGAGGCGGCCACGGAGACCAGGCAGAUGAUGGAACGAGCGGCGGCGGCGGAAGCAAGUAAGCAGGGCGAUGGAAAGGCGAAGCUGUGAUGUUGGUCCGUUGAAUGUAAGGAGCUUGUCGGCACGGUUUUCAUUUGAAGUUAUGAUACCACUUUGCUCGAGCCAGAUCAAUGAUGUGUCUGUACGUGUGAUUGACCCGAUUGUCAAGCACUCGCUGGGACGUUGCAAGCCACUGGCAUCUGCUGCGAGGACGCGAGUGUUUGGUACCCGCGUUUUGUGUUGAGUGGUGCCACAGCACAAAUGCCAGAAGUUGUACAUGAUGACUUCAGGGCGAACGCUUCAAGUUCGACGGAGCAUCCAUACGCGCCCAUGUACAUAGCACUGCGACCGCGGUCCGCCUUGGGUCCGCCGGUACUUAGCUCAAUAUCAAUCUUGA